UUCUGUCAUCGAGCUGAUAGCCAGUGCCACUGUGCACAGGUCGCAUCCUUCCAUGCGCAAAAGGCUUUACAGUUUGCCACAGCACAUCGGCCGGAGCGCUUCGACCAUGUGCGACGGGGAAGACGGAGACCGGGACGCGCGCCGGAGGAGCAUCCGGAUGAAGCCGCUGCCGUCUCCGGGCGCCGCUGAGAGCAGCCGGAACGCAGACGCGGCGUCCGUGGCAUCGGCGGCUGCAGCGCUUGCAGACCCGGAAGCGGCCCGAGGUGCGAAAAGCAACUCAAACGGCGACUGCAGGAGGUUUCGAGACAGCUUGUCGUCGCUCGCCGGCCGCCACAGCCACGAAUCGGACUCGGCCGAAGAGAAGCGUCUGAUCACCGAGGCAGACCCAAGCCCUAACGAGGAGAGUCCGCCCGGGGCGAGAGGAGGAGGUGGAGGUAGUGGCGCUGGUAGCACCGCUGGUGGAGGUGUGGAACCGGGAGCGCGCGGCACUCCCGAACGGUACCCGGGGUUUGCCAAGCUGGACGGCGGCAUUGAACACGUUCUCCCCGACGAUGAGAGGUACUACCAGGCGGGUUUCAUGCACAGGCAGUUUGGUGCCAUGCUGCAGCCCGGGGUUAACAAGUUCUCUCUGAGGAUGUUCGGGAGCGAGAAGGCGGUGGAGCGCGAACAGGAGCGCGUAAAGUCGGCCGGAUUUUGGAUUAUACACCCCUACAGUGAUUUCAGGUUCUACUGGGAUCUCACUAUGUUGUUGCUGAUGGUGGGAAACUUGAUCAUCAUCCCCGUGGGCAUCACCUUCUUCAAGGACGAGCACACUCCUCCUUGGAUCGUCUUCAACGUCGUCUCUGACACCUUCUUCCUCAUGGACCUGGUGCUCAACUUUCGCACGGGCAUCGUCAAGGAGGACAACACGGAGAUUAUACUGGACCCACAGCAGAUAAAGAUUAAGUAUCUGCGCUCAUGGUUCGUGGUGGACUUCAUCUCCUCUAUCCCAGUGGACUACAUCUUCCUUAUUGUAGAGACACGGAUCGAUUCGGAUUUCUACAAGACGGCACGCGCUCUCAGGAUUGUCCGUUUCACAAAGAUACUCAGUCUGUUACGUUUGCUGAGGCUGUCCAGACUCAUACGCUACAUUCAUCAAUGGGAAGAGAUUUUCCAUAUGACUUAUGACCUGGCCAGUGCGAUGGUGCGUAUCGUGAAUCUGAUUGGCAUGAUGCUCCUGCUGUGCCACUGGGAUGGCUGCCUGCAGUUCCUCGUACCCAUGCUGCAAGACUUCCCUCCAGACUGUUGGGUCGCCAAAAACAAGAUGGUGAAUGAUACGUGGGGACAGCAAUACUCGUAUGCCCUCUUCAAGGCCAUGAGUCACAUGCUGUGCAUCGGUUACGGCAUGUACCCUCCGGUGGGAAUGACAGACGUUUGGCUCACCAUCCUCAGCAUGAUCGUUGGAGCAACAUGCUAUGCUAUGUUCGUGGGCCACGCCACGGCGCUCAUCCAGUCUCUGGACUCCUCACGUAGGCAGUACCAAGAAAAGUAUAAACAGGUGGAGCAGUACAUGUCCUUCCACAAGCUGCCAGCAGACAUGCGUCAGAGGAUCCAUGAUUACUACGAGCACCGUUACCAGGGCAAGAUGUUUGAUGAGGAGAGCAUCCUGGGGGAGUUGAAUGAGCCUCUCAGGGAGGAAAUAAUCAACUUCAAUUGUCGGAAGCUGGUGGCGUCGAUGCCUCUGUUUGCCAACGCUGAUCCGAAUUUCGUCACGUCGAUGCUGACGAAGCUGCGCUUUGAGGUUUUCCAGCCUGGAGACUACAUCAUCCGUGAAGGCACCAUUGGGAAGAAGAUGUACUUCAUACAGCACGGCGUCGUUAGCGUGCUCACUAAAGGGAACAAGGAAACCAAGCUGUCAGAUGGUUCCUACUUUGGAGAGAUCUGUUUGCUGACAAGGGGAAGGCGCACAGCCAGUGUCCGAGCAGAUACGUACUGUCGUCUCUACUCACUCUCAGUAGAUAACUUCAACGAGGUGCUCGAAGAAUAUCCUAUGAUGAGGAGAGCCUUUGAGACUGUUGCACUGGACCGCCUCGAUCGUAUAGGAAAGAAGAACUCUAUAUUGCAGCACAAGGUCCAGCAUGACUUAAACUCUGGCGUCCUCAACUAUCAGGAGAAUGAGAUCAUCCAGCAGAUAGUGCAGCACGAUCGAGACAUGGCGCACUGUGCCCACCUGAUGCAAGACCAACGUUCCCCAGCUCCUCCAUCACCUACUCCGGUCAUUUGGGCCCCACUCAUCCAGGCUCCAUUACAAGCAGCUGCUGCUACAACAUCAGUUGCUAUUGCCUUGACCCACCACCCUCACCUGCCUCCCACACUCUUCCGCCCUUCUACCUCCUCUUUGGGUUCAACAAAAGAAGCACUGAGAAACAGGUUCCAGGUUGUACCCACAUCGACAGCUCCUGGUUCAGCUGGAGACUCGCCUUCGAGCACUCCUCCAAAACCACAUACUGGAGCAGACACUCCUCUACUUGCCUCAUUCAGGGCACAUCAUUCAACGGGGCCAACUGGGUCAGGUAGUGGCAACCACCAGGCCUCUAGAAGCAGCAUAAGUGGAGUUUCACAUCCUGGGCCUAGUCGGGCUUCUGCAUUACCCACUGGCAAUUACUCCAGAUCUGCAUCUCCCACAUGUAGUACUGCACAGCUCCAUCCUCCACCCAAACACAAGCAGCCCUUCCCACCAAGUACCCCACCACUGUCCACUCACCUCCAACAAGUUGGUGCCACCUGUGGGCUCUUGACCACAAUAUCUUCAAAUGUUAGCCCGCUUUCAACUGGAUCAUUCAGCCAUGCCCCGAGUCCACUCCUCCAUGGUCAGCAAACACAAAAUACCAAACAGACAUCCGCAUUUCAUCAGUUUACUGGUGGGGGUGGCAGGACUUCUAGUACAUUAAACCUCUUCCAUACACCCACAGCUGGAUCCCCGUCCUCCACCCUUUCACACAUUACUCCAGCCCUUGAAGGCUCUCCUUCAGUAAACACACAAUCCUUUAACCUGCGGUCCUCCUUUUCCUCCCAGCUGCCUUUAGAAAGGUCAGCAUUAGCAUCUCUAGCUCAAUAUGGCUCAGCUAAUGCUUCUCCCUGCUACACUCCUCUAGCCCCCAGCCCUACAGUCCAAAGUCCUGGGAGAACUUUCCACUAUAGUGACCCCUCCAGUGCUGCAGGUUCCCACAGCUCUCUGCUUAUGCCCCAGCAUUCCUGUCCUGUUCAACUACCCAGCUGUAACACUUCAGGAACCGAAUCGCCGCUGGGCCGCUUCUCUGAAGAUAUGAAACUGUUGUCCAGCUCUCACCCCUUGCUAAGUGAAGAGGUAACCCAGGCUGUGGCUCACUCCUCCCCUCGGUCAUCAAUUGAGCCUGGCUGCCGCCUCUCCCCUUACUCUUCCCCAACACUGAUGCUUAAGCCGUGCAGCUCCAUAUCGGGGCACUUUGCUUCCCCCUUACAGACUUCUCCCAGUGCACGGCAUCACACCCCCAGCAUAGGGACGUCACCCUCCCUUCCAUUCCGCAGAUCCUCAGAGGCCCAUCCUUCUGAACUGGAGCCCCUUUGCGCCAAACUUCCCUCCAAUUUGUGA